UCCCCCGCCAUUACUGUGGUAGUCAGCAACACGUAGAGAGCUGGCAGAAAACAUUGAAUUUCAAAAAAGAAUAUUGUUUGAACGCAAAGAUGUACCUUACUGGCAGUUAAGUUUUCUAUCAGCUUUGUAUGUUGAAGGCACCCGCAAUAUUUUAUGUCAAGACAGUGUACACCCUCAACAUGUUGAAGCAGAUUCUUGCGUUUGUUUUUCUACUGGCAAGCGUCACGACUGUGUAUUGUGGAGACGCACUGCAAAAGACACAUCCGGACAACAGUACACUUCAACACCAAUCAAAACGAGCCGUUAGUUCAUCUCAGUACCCUGUGCCUUAUACUGCAGAAAUUAGACACCCAAUGUUUGAUGGUAAAGAAAUAUACAUUGAAGGAGCCAUGCUUCAAAAUCCCAACAGAUUUACUCUGGACCUGUGUGAGACUAAUACAUGCAUCCAAGACAUCGAAAUGCAGGCCGAAUAUCGUUUCAACACAGAGAGAUUCUCCAUGAAUUACAAAAGAAAUCUGAGAUGGGGAACGCCAUCAUUUUACGACGGGAAACAUUUAGAAGGAAGAAAAGCAGUACAAUUAUCAGUUGUGAUAAACAACCAUCAAUUCAAGGUUUUAGUCAACACCAGAACUUUAGUUUUGAAUGUACCAGCAAGGAUGUCAAAGAUAAAGUAUAUUCGGAUUCGCGGGGAUGUUCAAAUCGAUUGGAUUUUGUAUUCACCUGAAUAUGUUUCUUUAAACGGACAACGUCCACAACAGAGAGUCAUAAUAUAUGGAUACCCAACUGACCUUACCAGAUUUUAUUUUAACUUCAUACAUGCCAACGUAACGGAAGAACCAUCAGAUUGCAUGACUUCUGCUGUACAAGUACAUUUUGAUAACAGGCUUAGAUACAGCUACGAUAAUAAUAAAAUCCUCGUAGCUUAUAGGAACAGAAAUCAAAAUUGGAAUACUAAAUACAUCCCUAUCUCAAGCUUUCCAUAUGAAGUUAAUGUAACAUUCAGGAUUCAAAUUACCCUCCGCCUUAACCAGUUUCAGUUCCGCAUCAACGAUCAGAUGUCAUUCACUUAUGACCGUCCAACUGAUGGAGUAGCUAGAAUGUGCUAUGCUGAUUCUGUUGUCGUCAAAAACGUCUUGACAACAUAGAAAUCAAAUAGCUGUUACUGACUAAGUGUUCCGCUUAGUGAACACCCAAAUAAAUUUUGUAACUUAAAUGUUUAAUUAAUUUAAUCCAAUAUUAGUACUUUUAAGUGCCGUACAGAGAUUAAUUAGAAGCGGUGGAUGCAUUAACAUUUACAUUUUUUUAUUAUUUAUUUAUUUAUUUUCUUCAUUUUUUUCACAUUACACCUGUCAAUGUUGUUGUAAUAAAACCUUCAAAACACAAGAAUGAAAUGCUGCAAUAUAGUUGGAUAUAGCUUAUUAAAAUUAAACGCCUUCACAACAUAAGUGUGUGUGUAUUCGUUUGAUAGACAAAAAUUUUUUUCAUAUAUUUAAUACAUUUGAUUGCAAACGCUACCUAAGUUUUAGAUACUAAAGAAACUUAGAAAACGUGUUGGGCACUAUUCUAUUAGUUGACUAAUAAUUAUUGUAAUUAAAUUUAUUGUAAUAUA